AUCCUAAGAAUGUUAGAGUGGUUGAUAUUUUUAUAUUUAUUAAGUAUGUUUUGGUUAUUUCUGAUGCCUCAAACGAAAGAAGGUGCUGUACUAGGUGUUGGCACUAGAAAGUUUAUUGUAUGGAUUGCGUUGUUUCCUUCUUCUUUGGUAUUUAGUUUGGAAUAUAAUCCAAAGAUAUGUCGUUGGUUGGGAUAUGUGAAAACUUCUUCUAGUCGUUAUUUCUCUUGUUAUUCUUUUAGUACUUUCUAUUUACUUUGUUGUAUUCUAUUGUUUUUAUCCUUCUGUAUGUUUAUAUGGUUGCGAGUUUUAUUUCCAACAAGUCGCCAUAUAAAGUAUCUGAAAUUGGCAGAAGAAGCAACCAAUUCAUUACCAAGUGUCUCCAGUGGACCUCAUAUUAUUCGGUUGAUGAGUUAUAAUGCCUUUUGUAGACCGCCAGGUAUUGCAGGAGACAAUGGUGAAGAUUUCAAGGAUGAGAGGCUCUCAUUAUUACUUAAAAGGAUUGGAUAUUUGGAUAUUGUUUGUUUUCAAGAGUUGUUUGAUGCCUUUUGUAACAGAAGGGAAGCCUUUAUUGAAGCAUCCAAACUUUUGGGUUUCCAAUAUGAAUGUUUUUUACCUCGCAAUUGUUUUAGAAUACCGCCUCGUAUUAUCGAUGGAGGAGUAACCAUUUUAAGCAAAUUUCCCAUUUUGUAUACAAACUAUAUUCAUUAUCGACAUUGUGUUUAUUCAACAGUGGAUAGUUUUGUAGGAAAGGGUUGUCUCUAUGCUCGAAUCUCGUUGACUCCAACAUGUUAUACCCAAAAGAGUAGUGAAGAUUAUAAUAAGAAUUCUAAAAAAGAGAUGAGAAUAGAGAGAGCUCAAUAUUUACAUGUCUUCUCUUCACAUAUGCAAGCGGGAGAUCGUAUUGGAUAUCCACACGAGUCUUAUCAUGCGAGAAUACGAAUUGGUCAGUUGGAAGAGAUGAGAGACUUUAUUCAUUGGAAUAUUGUGGAUGAUGAUGGACCAGUAGUUAUUACGGGAGAUUGGAAUAUCAAUGCAAGAACUUCGAUGGAAAAUGAUUCGGAUAGUUUUUGGUAUCAAGACUUGUUGGAAAGAUUGCAAGACUCUCCUUCUUCAUUAUAUUUAUUACAACAGAAACGAGCACAAUAUUUUCAAGAUAAUACGAUACGUAACCUUUGUUUGAAAGAUUUGUUGAGUCUUUCUCAUCAUGGAAGACAUCCUAUUACGGAUGGCACGAAAUGUAUUGAUUAUGUGUUGUUCGAUCCUAGAAAGGGAAAUCUUCAUGGAGCUACAGAAGGAACCUUGAAAACUUUCAUUGAACCAUUUCGAGUCACACAAGAAGAGAAGAAAAUGUAUUCUUUGCAGUUGCCAAAUACAUUAUCUGAUCAUUAUGGAGUCGUAGCAACAUUUGUGAAUGAUUACGCUGCAAAAUAGAGAAAGACAAUGAAGUUGAUAUAUAUAAG